UAUAAAAAUCGUGGUGAAACAAGAAGAAAGGGAAUAACAUAACCGCGCGGAGAAAUCGGAUACUAUCAAAAUCAGUGAAAUUCCGCGGAAUACGUUCGUUGAUCCACGUAAAAUCUACACACACACACACACGCACGCAUAUAUUUAUGAAUAUAUGUAUAUAACUUUGAAAGGAAACUCGCGAGUUUCGUCGGUUCCAGUUUGCUUUUGGGAUAGUGAAGAACCGAGCGGUCUAAGUGCAGUGCAAUAAAUGUUUUAUGGAUGUUUUUGGGCCAGGAAGUAAUCUGAGCGUUGUGGUAGAACGCGCGAUAUAACCGAGGAAACUGCUGUUGGGUUGGUCCAACGGUUUGGAAAAACCACAGGAGGAAUCUACGCUUACGAAUAUAUAACAGAAAUACUCGAUGUGUGCGCAUGUACGAGACUCGUGAUUCCAUCGUGAAAUAUAACUUACGUGAACUCGAAACAGGAUUGACUGACAGUGAUAAAAGAAGAAAUAGGUCAACAUGGCAGAACGACACAGGAGGAAUCGAUAUUUAACCAUCAGCAUCCUGCAAGUGAUUACGAUAAUCUGUCAAGCUCUCUCGGAAGAACCGAUGUUUGCUGAACCAAUACCGAACGUAACUGUGGCUGUAGGAAGGGACGCAAAUUUGCCUUGUGUAAUCAACAAUCUGGGAACUUAUAAGGUCGCGUGGCUCCACGUUGGUCGUCAAAUGUUACUGACCAUUCACACCCACGUCGUGAUAAAGAUUCCGAGGUUUUCUGUUUCUUAUGACAAGCAAAGGACGUGGCUUUUGGUUAUAAAGAGCGUCGAACAACAGGACAGAGGUUACUACAUGUGUCAGGUCAAUACUGAUCCGAUGAUAAGCCAGGUCGGCUACCUCCAGGUGAUAGUGCCUCCGAACAUAUUGGACUCCCUGUCGACCGAGAGCAACAUCGCAGUCAGGGAACAUCAAAAUAUCACGCUCACGUGCAAAGCGGACGGUUAUCCGACGCCGGUCCUCUCGUGGCGACGUGAGGACGGACAAUCCAUAACGGUCGAUCGGCGUAACAAAGUCGAAAAGUACGACGGAGAACAGCUUAAUUUGACGAAAAUAACGAGAAGCGAGAUGGGCGCUUAUCUCUGCAUCGCUAAAAACGGCGUGCCACCAACAGUCAGCAAACGAAUUACGGUCGAAGUGGAGUUCUCUCCGAUGAUAUGGGUCCCCAAUCAAUUGGUCGGAGCUCCGGCCGGAACGAACGUUUCGAUCGACUGUCACACCGAAGCUCAUCCCCGAGCUAUAAGUUAUUGGAGUUUGAACAAAACCAUGAUUCUCCCGAAUGAAAAAUACUCAACGGAAACAAACCAGAAUAGUUAUAGGAUGCAUAUGCGACUAACCAUAAGGAAUCUUGAAGCUGGUGACUUUGGAAGCUACCAAUGCAUCAGCAAGAAUUCUCUUGGUGAAACCGAGGGUUCCGUCAGAUUGUACGAGAUGCCAAAGCCCUCUGCACCACCCAGAGCGACUGAGAUCAAAAGCAGUGCUAACAAAGAAGGACGUCAGCAAAGCACGACCCAACCACCGAAAAGGCUUACGACCAUCUGGCCAGCCCCGUACAACCCUUACUAUACGAAAAGGACAGAGAAACCACCAUCGAACGAGAAGAAAAUCGAGAGAGCGGAGCAGAAGCCAAGGGGUCACAGUACAGGAAGCGCAUACAUUAUAAGAUGGAGCGCUCCCCAGCUCAUGGUCGUUGCGGUGCAGUACAUUCUAACGGGACCCUACAUGCCACCUUACGUACCUCAAAACCCUAAUUAAGGUCAUCUUUUUUUCAUCAAAUUAUAUAAAAACGUAUAAUAUAUGUGAAAAAAUAUGUAAAAUAGAUGUGAGAUACAUUCUGCGGGGGUUCGUCGACGUUGAA